AUGAAUCAAUGUGUAUAUUUUCUUUUGUCGUCUGCGUAUGUACAGUGUACACCCAUUCGGUGUAUGAUCUGCGCAACUUCUCCGUAUUAUGCAUCAUCAAUUCAGAGUUCACGCAUCCCGGUAUCUCGUGAUUUCAUACAACCACGAGUACAGUACCGGUAUUUGUACUUGUGCAACAUGCCCAGUGGACGGAAAUUUGAGCUCAACGAGGCAGAAAUAGCAAAAUCGAAGAAGCUGAAUCAUGUGCCCCACAAUGAGCAUUACGACAAGAUGAUUUCGGCCAUGGGAUACCAUGAGUACGAGCCGCAGCUAGUCCAGGCUAGACACAACAUCCACGUGACACAAAAGAAAUACAACGACUACUUUCCAGAGGAUAUUACUCCUGAGCAAUUGCGCAAUGACAGAGCUGUCAUGUUGGAGAAUAUGGUCGGUCAUGUCGGCAAAAACCCUCAUAUUGAAGCACCCGUCUACUUUGACUAUGGUUGCAACUUUUCAUGUGGCCAAGACUUCGUUGCUAGCUACAACUGUGUGUUUCUAGACUGCGCUCUCAUCACUAUCGGCGACCGUGUCGUGAUGGGACCCGGUGUGAAACUCAUUACAGCAACCCACGACGUGGAAGUACAAACUAGAAGGGACGGGAUAGAGUAUGCUUCUCCCAUCACUAUCGGAGACGACUGUUGGCUGGGAUCAGCGGUUCAGGUCAUGCCAGGAGUCACUAUAGGUAAGGGUUGCACUAUAUCAGCAGGGUCUGUGGUCACGAGAGACAUUCCCCCCUUCUCUGUAGCGGUGGGAGCUCCAGCAAAGGUCACCAGGACUCUGAAGAAUCCUGAUUCCAGCUGA